AUGGUUUCCAUCACAUUGACUCUAUCCUGCCUAGGGGCAUUUGCUGCAAUGGUAACCGCUGUUCCUGUUGACGAUGCUUCAUCCCUAGCAGUCUUUGCUCGCGCUGAAGCUACCGUCUUUAUGUGUGACGACACCCGAUUCAGAGGCCGCUGCCGAACAGAUGUCAUACAGACUGGAUCCUGCUAUAAUGUCCCGGCGGAUUUCGUCGACCGCAUCAGUUCUAUUCGCAACAAUGAUAGGAACAGGGAUAAUUGCAUUUGGUAUCGGGAGCGCGAAUGUCGCGGCGAGUCAUAUCGUAACCAGGAUGAUGAUAAUUUAGCUGACGGUAAUGGCCGCUUCAAUGAUGCAAUCCGAAGCUAUGAGUGUAGAAGAAAGUGA